CUUGCCUCAAGACUUGAACACCCGAAACCCCUAGCCGCGUCCUCCUCCUCCUCCUUGUCGCACGGUCCUCUUCCUCUCGAUCUCUGCUCUCUCUCGAUCGCCUCAUCGGCUAUUCACAGUCCCUCGCCGCCCUCGCCUCCAUCCUCCAUCGCCUUCUUCAACAAUUCUUUCUACCUUCGCACUUGCAGACCCACCCCCAGAUCGGAGACGGGGGCUUGCAUUGAUACCGGACUUAGUCGGGACAAUGGACUCGGGAAAGAGCUCGGGGGCUGGAACGAGUGACGGUGAGUCAUCAGGGAUGGGAUGGGAGUUUUUUUUCCCGGAGUUCGGGUUAAUAGACUCAGGACAGAGCUGCGAGGCUGGAAUGAAUGACGGUGAGUCGUCGGCAAAUGAUUACGAGGUCUUAUCGAAUUUCACUGGGCUGGAGCCACAGAGACUUGAGGAACGGAGACGUUCACUGACGAGGAACUACUCUGAGGCAGUAAGACUCCGGAUGAUGGACAUGGAAAAGAGCUCAGAGGCUGGAACGAGUGGCGGUGAGUCGUCGGCGACGAGACGGGGGCUUUCAGACUUCGAGAGGGGAAACUCCGAGGCAAAAAUACUCUGCACAGUGGACUUGGGAAAGAGCUUGGAGGCUGGAACGAGUGACGGUGAGCCAUCGGCAAUUGAUUACAAGGUCUUCUUGAGUUUCAGAGGGCCGGACACUCGCCAGGGAUUCAUAGAUUGUCUUUAUCGCAUGAUGCUAGAAGCAAACAUCCAUGUCUUCCUCGAUGAGGAAGAGCUCCAUGUCGGUAAAAGAAUAGGUGAUGAAUUGCCAACGGCCAUCGAAAAGUCGAAGAUCUACGUACCCGUCUUCUCUAAAGGUUAUGCUUCGAGUGCAUGGUGCCUUCGUGAGCUGGCGCACAUGGUGGAGUGCAUGAAAUCCAAACCAUCCGAAAAGGAGAUUAUGCCGAUUUUCUAUGACGUGGAGCCUCACGAUGUUAAGCUUAAGUCUCAAUUGUAUGUUGGCGCUUUGGAGGAGCAUGAGGAAAGGUUUGGCUGCCAGAAGAGGCGACAGUGGGAGGAAGCACUGAAAAGUGUAGCCCAAAUCAAAGGAUGGGAAUUGAAAAAGCAAGGGUACUGGAACUUUAUUGAAUCAGUGGUUCGAGAGAUUUUGACGAAGCUGAAGAUAAAAGACAAACAUGUCACUAAGCAUUUAGUAGGAAUGGAUGAGCGAGUGGAAGCCGUUGUGAAGUUGUUGGAUGUGGACUCAGAAGGCGUGCGCUUUGUACUACUCCAUGGAAUGGGCGGAAUCGGUAAAACGACUCUCGCUAAGGUUGUAUUCAACAAACUAAAUUCCCUCUUCAGUCAUUGCUGCUUCCUGGAAAAUGUCCAGGAAUCUUCGAGCAGCUUUGGCUUUGUAGCCUUACAGAAACAAAUAUUAUCUAACAUGUUUGGUUCGGGCUUUCACAAUGGAAUCGAUGAUGGUGAUGGGGUCAAACUGAUUGCACAGCGACUUUCCAACAGGAAAGUCUUCAUGGUGCUCGACGACGUGAAUGAUGAGGAACAACUUGAGAAACUAGCUAUCAAGCACGUUUCCUUUGGCUCAGGAAGCAGAAUCAUUAUGACAACUAGGAACCGAAGCAUCUUAGAAGCCGAUUACACUUUUGAGUACCAAGUGAAUCCGUUGGAUCACGUUCAAUCGCUCAAGCUUUUCAGUAGACAUUCUUUCGGAAGAAUUGCUCCUCCAGACGAUUAUGUCAGUCUUUCGAGAGAAGUGGUUUAUACAACCGCAGGACUUCCCUUGGCUCUUGAAGUCAUAGGCUCAUUACUUUGUCACCAAAACAAAGCUUUUUGGAUGGAUGUUCUGGAGGAUCUGAGGGAAAUACCUCAUGAGAAGGUCCAGGACAAGCUGAAGAUUAGCUUCAAUGCCCUCAACCAUCGACAACAACAGAUCUUUCUCGACAUUGCGUGUCUCUUUGUAGAUGAAGACAAGACGAACGCAUUCUACAUGUGGAAAGAUUGUGGGUUUAGGCCAGAUUAUUCGAUUCCAGUCCUUGUGAACUUGUCUUUGAUAAACAUAACUGAUGACAACAAAUUCUGGAUGCAUGAUCAACUGAGAGAUCUUGGAAGGAAAAUUGUUUGUGGAGAUACGAGGCCGAUAGAUCCAAGAAAGCAGAGCAGGUUGUGGAAUCCUGAGAUGGCCGUGAAUAUCAUAAGAACAGAAGAGAGAAAGGAUGCCAUUGAAGCAAUCUGCUUAGAAGGAAAUGCACCAGGAAUAUAUACAAGCAAGGAGUUUUCAAGGCUUCAAAACAUAAGGUUCCUCAAAGUGCGUUGGGGACAGUUUGAUGGAGACUUCAAGAAUCAGCUUUCAGAGUUGAGAUACAUGUCCUGGCAUAGGUGUCCUCUAGAGCUCUUCGCCAUCAACUUCCAUCCAAGCAAUCUUGUAGUUCUUGACCUGUCUUUUAGUUCUAUCACAGAGAACUGGACCGGAUGGAGUCAAAUUAAGGUUAGCAAGAAGCUGAAAGUCUUGAAUCUCACAAAUUGCAACAGCAUGACCAGGAGUCCAAACUUCUCUGAUUAUUUGAGUUUAGAGCGAUUGGUCCUUAAAAAUUGCAAAAGACUGAUUGAAGUUGAUGGUUCCCUCGAAAAGCUUAAGUGCCUGAUUUACUUUAAUGCGGAUGGGUGUACAAGUCUUACAGAGUUGUCCGAAGGAAUCGGAGGGUUAGAGAAUCUCAAGUACUUGUAUUUAGGCAAUUGCAAAAGGUUGAGGAAGCUGCCUGAAUCAUUUGUGAGAGUGGCAUCACUGGUAGAGUUGGAUCUCUCGUGUACAGCCAUCACAAGAUUACCUGACUCCAUUGGCAACCAAAAGUGCUUGUCAGUACUUAAAUUGCGAUAUACAGAAAUUGAUGAGCUUCCUAGUUCUAUUGGGAAUCUAAAGGAUCUUAAGUCUCUCUUACUAUCGUAUACUAGGAUAGUGGAACUUCCCAUCUCCAUUGGGAACUUGAAAUCGCUACUUGAGUUGGAUGUCUCGGGAACACGAUGUCUGCAGUUACCCGAAUCUAUUGGAGACCUGAGUAGAUUAAAAGUCCUCAACAUUUCAAAUUCUUCGAUAAGUGAGCUACCGAGGAGUAUUCUCGCUCUAAAAGAGUUGGAAGAGCUACAUGGCAAUGAUUGCCCAUUUCUGGAAUGGGAAAUUCCCGAAGACAUUGGGAAAUUGUCACUUUUGAGAGUCCUUAACUUGCAAGUGACCUGUAUUAGAAAUGUUCUGGUGACUAUCAAACUACCUCCUCGCCUAGAGAAAUUGAGUUUAUGGCGUUGCAGAGAACUUGUAGUAUUGCCUGAGCUUCCCACUAGUUUGAUAAGCCUAAGCUUUGGAGCAAGUUUGCUGCAGUGGGUACCAGAUCUCUCAAACCUAACUAAAUUGGUGGAUUUGAGCUAUGGUGGUAGUGAUAAGAUCCGGCAUCCUUUGUUCAUCCAAGAUGGUCCAUUCAGACAAUGCCUCAUGUUCCUUCCACUGUCUCUGUCAACAUUAUCGCUUGAAUAUCAUAAAUCAAUAAGCAGUUUAUCAUUUCGUUGCAACUUGAGAAACCUGACAUGUUUGCGCAUUUACCAAUGUAAAUGGAUUGAAGUUCAACUCGAUGGGCUUGAACAGUUAAUUGAAUUCCAAGUGGAAGGGUUAGAAUUUCUCAUGGGAUUUGCUGGUCUUUCGAGGUUGAAGAGGUUGAAGCUGUGGACACUAAUUGAUUGCCCAAAUCUAACUGUGAUCCAGGGUAUUGGUUCGGUAGAGUCGUUGGAACAAUUGGUAAUAAAAGAAUGUCCUGAGAUUCAAUGUCUAGAUGAUCUAGCGGAUUUGAAAAAGCUGGAGUCCUUGGUAAUUCGAGGAUGCAAAGGGCUUUUGGCGGUUAAGGGCCUAGAUGAACGAGAGACUAUCAAAAGGUUGGAUUUUAACCAUUGCGGAUCAUUGGAAAGUUUCUCUAAUAUAGUCAAUUCGAAAAUUCCAGAUGAGUGCUGGAUAAGCAUUUUCGAAUGCCCAAAGUUAUCUGAUUGGGCUCUAGAUCGAGGCAUCUCAUACAAACAAUGGAAAGCCUCUGUCCAACAGGGACCGGUCGAGCUAAGAACAAAUUGAGAAUUCUUUCCUGCAGGGUUUUGUGGAAGAUUGACCCGGAAUGAUGAGAAUUUGCGAACGAGGAUUUUGUAAGAGGUCAGCCACAGCUUCUGAAGAACAUCCAUCAGCGGAAAUCAGUCCACAGCCAUUCCCAGAAUCUCCAAAAUCAGGGAA